AUGAGCGACUCAUCAGGUACUAAGGUGCCCCAGAAGGGCCAAGCAAAGAGUCAAAAAGCCCAAAGAAAACACAAAUAUUCCAAAGAUAAAAAACUCAACUCCAAAUUACAGAGGAUAGAAAACCAGCACAAGGAUGCCUUAAAAUCUGCUGCAGGUACUGAUUACCUUUUGCAAGAGGAGACAGGGUUCUUGGAAGCCGAGGAUCCUAUGGAAAAGACUUUCAAAUUCAAACAGGAUGAGAUAACAAAAGCAGUCGAUGCUAAUACCGCAAACAAAAGGUUUGAACUCAAGCUCCCUGAAUUUGGGCCAUAUCAAAUCGAUUUUUCAAGAAAUGGUCGUGAUCUUCUUCUUGGCGGAAAGAAAGGUCACGUUGCUUCUAUUGACUGGAAGACUGGUGGGUUAGGAUGUGAGUUACAUCUUAAUGAGACUGUUAACGCUGUAAAAUAUUUACACAAUGAUCAAUACUUUGCAGUGGCGCAAAAGAAAUACACCUUUAUUUAUGAUAAGGAAGGAACAGAACUUCAUCGACUUAAGCAGCACGUAGAAGCUACCUUAUUGGACUUUUUACCAUAUCAUUUUCUAUUAGUGACGGCUGGACAUACAGGAUUCUUAAAAUAUCAUGAUGUUUCCACAGGUGAAUUGGUUAGUGAAAUCAGAACCAAGCUCGGUCCUACUCUAGCUAUGAAACAGAACCAAUACAAUGCUGUAAUACAUCUAGGACAUGGCAAUGGGCAAGUUACAUUAUGGUCUCCAAAUGCACCGGAACCGUUAGUCAAGAUACAGUCUGCUCGUGGACCAAUUCGAGAUUUGGCCAUUGACAGAGAGGGAAAAUAUAUGGCCGUCAGUGGUGCUGACAAGACGCUAAAAAUUUGGGAUAUACGAACCUUCAAAGAGGUGGAUCAAUAUUACUCACAAACGCCAGCAACAUCAUUGGAUAUUUCUGACACUGGGUUACUCUCGGUCGGGUGGGGUCCACAUGUCACUAUAUGGAAAGAUGUUUUCAAAAAGUCACAUCAGGCUGAUCCUUAUAUGAACCACUUGAUUCCUGGAUCGAAAGUAGAUAAGGUUAAGUUUGCUCCAUUCGAAGAUAUUCUAGGAAUUGGACACCAGCAAGGUUAUGAAUCAAUAAUAGUUCCAGGUGCAGGUGAAGCUAAUUACGAUGCUUUGGAAUUGAAUCCAUUUGAGACCACCAAACAAAGGCAAGAACAAGAAGUCAGAUCCUUGCUCAAUAAACUUCCUUCCGAUUCUAUUGCCUUGGAUCCAAACACCAUCGGAACUAUUGACAAGAGAGCUAAAUCAAUAAGGUUAAAACCUGGUGAAAUUAACGUAUUGGGCGAAUCGACUACUGACGAUUCAAACAAGAUGUCUAUAAAACCCGAAGUCAAGGGUAAAAACUCUGCCUUGAGGAAGCAUUUGAGGAGACAGAGAGAGAAUGUCAUUGAUCAAAGAAAGAUGAGAAUUGAAAAGAAUUUAAGAAAUGAAAAAGAAGCAAGGUUGAGACGUCAGCAAUUGUUGCAGGGAGAUGAAGAAGAGACAGAUUCAUUAGAUUCGGCAUUAGCUAGAUUCAAGUAG